AUUAAAGGAUCGGCGUUCGGUCUGGUUUUGGGGACAUACAGCUACAGCAAAAGUUCUACGGGCUUCGGGCAGAUCCAAAUUAAGGUGUGGAGCUCUGUAAAGAUUCAAAAUAUAUGUCCGUUGUCCCCGUCUGCUUUUUCAGAUUCUGGAGCGAAAUUAGGGUUUCUUUUUACUCCGAAACUCUCUCCAUCGAAAAUUAUCAGAGUUCGAAGCUUUUGUUUCAGUCUUUCCAUUUCGCAGACUUAAAUAGAUGAGGCUCUUAAGAUCUGGUCUAGCAAUUGCUUUGACGUCAAGUUUAGCAGCAAUUCUCAUAUACAUCAUGGGAGUUUCGACUUUCUAUGAGAAAUCUAGCAUUUCGGAUGAAGAUUUGAGUGCCCUGCUAACCUUGCAUAGCGGGUUCAAGAAGUGUGUGAGUGCGAAUGCCUUGGGAUUACAAGUUUUGGAUGGUAAAGAUUAUUGCCAAGUUACAAUCCAGUUUCCUGACAACACUAUUCCCAAAUGGAGGGAUCCUAAAUCAGGAGAACUUGAAGGCUUGUCAUUCGAUUUUAAUCUGUGUGAAGCGGUUGCUACAUGGGAACAGGUCAGGAAUAGUACAACGAUAUUGACAAGGGAGUUCAUUGAUGCUCUACCAAAGGGAUGGGAAGAAUACGCAUGGCGUAGGAUAAAUAAGGGCAUCCUUCUCAAUCAUUGUGAGAAUAAGACACUAUGCAUGGAGAAACUUGCUUUGGUACUUCCUGAAGCACCGCCAUUUGUUCCAAAGCAAUUUGGUCGAUGUGCUGUGAUCGGCAACUCUGGAGAUCUUCUGAAAACAAGGUUUGGCAAGGAGAUAGAUGGUUAUGAAGCUGUUGUCAGAGAAAAUGGGGCCCCAAUCCAGAACUACACAGAGUAUGUAGGUAGGAAAAGAACAUUUCGCCUUCUUAAUAGGGGAUCUGCCAAGUCACUUGAUAAAGUUGCAGAGUUAGAUGGAACUGGGAAAGAGGUCUUGAUCAUUAAAACCACAAUUCAUGACAUCAUGAGCAAAAUGAUUCGGGAGGUUCCAAUUCGCAAUCGUGUAUAUCUCAUGGUAGGUGCAUCUUUUGGUUCAGCUGCAAAAGGGACAGGUCUCAAGGCUCUUGAAUUUGCGCUCUCCGUUUGUGAUUCUGUUGACAUGUAUGGUUUCACAGUGGAUCCGGGUUAUAAAGAAUGGACUAGAUAUUUCUCGGAGUCUCGUCAGGGGCAUACUCCAUUGCAUGGUAGGGCAUACUACCAGAUGAUGGAAUGUUUGGGACUUAUCAAAAUUCAUUCUCCAAUGAGGGCUGAUCCUAACCGUGUCGUGAAGUGGGUUCCCAGCCAUAUUACACUGUCUGCAGCAAGAAUUGCAUCUGAGAAACUGUUGAGGAUGGCUGGGGCAGAAACAAGAGACCCACUACGGGCAUGUUUGAUCACCAAGCAGUGCAAGGAAAAUACCAAGAAGAUAUCCGGCCUCAGAAAGGCUGCUGUAGAGCAUCAGAAAUUUGUGAAAAGAGCAACUUUGUACCCCAUGGAACAUAGUCCUGGACAUGGUAUGCUCUGCACAGUGCCCAAAGUCAAAAUAUGGAGGUAACUCUUCGUGAUGCUCCACACUGGAUGACUGCUGAGAGGAUUUAUCUGCCAAGUGAAAUUUUCCAUACUCUUGCAAAAACAUCCAUCUUCAGCAUGGGGCAUUCCAACAUUUUAGGUGGUUCACUCUGGUGAGCUUUCACUCAUCCAUUAGUCGAGCUUGUUUACCUUUCUAGGAAGGCCUCUAUAUUGUGGAUGGGAAAUGACAAAAUUUCCUCUUAUAAAUUUUGCUUCAGUAGUUCAGUGUACCUUGCUUCUUUUCUUGGCUCCUGCAGUGUCAAACCAAAAUAUCUCACAUGUCACUAUAGUGCUGUAGGCUUUUUGUAAUCUGGCCUUUGAUGCUAUGACUUGCCUCAUUGGAUUAUCCUAGAAUAGUAUUACUUUUUUUUUUGGUUAA